CAAAAUGCCAACGACUCGUUCAAAUCUCAGUAUUCCGUUGACUCAUCUCGCCAGAAUCGACGAUGAUCGUAUGGAAACCGACUCCGAAGAGCACAAAAGAGCCAAUACAGCCUUCAGACCGCUUUGUGUCAAAUGUGGAGUCUUUGGAGCACAAGAUGGAUCGGGAUAUGCUGAAUUUGGAAAUACCCGAGUUUUGGCACAAAUCACAGGACCUGAUGGUGACGGAAAAUGGGAAGAGGAUCGUGCUAAGAUCACAAUCGAACUGAAAGGAAUUGAAGAUUCGGUAAAAGUCGCAGAAUAUCGUGCUCAACUGGCGUCUGCAGUAUCUGCUGUGAUUUUCGCGAGCAAAUAUCCUGGAAAAGUGAUCGAAAUCGAGAUAACCGUUCUUUCGGAUGAUGGUGGUGUUCUUUCAACUGCACUUUCAGCUGUCACACUAGCCAUUUCUCAUUCUGGAAUUGAAAAUAUGGGAUUAAUGGCCAGUGUUCAUGUGGCAAUGAAUUCUGAUGGAGAAUGCUUGACGGAUCCAUCAACUUCCGAAUCCGAAGGAGCCAUCGGUGGCGUCACAUUCGCUUUCGUUCCGAAUCUUGGCCAAACAACGUGUGUGGACAUUUACGGACGAAUCCCUCUCAAAUCCACGUCAUCACUUUUGGAAUUUGCGAAGCAAAGAGCGUGUGCUCUGGUUCCGACGAUUCAUAAGGCAAUUGUGAACAGUGUGCGAGAGAGAAAAUAAAUGUGUUGACAAUUUUUAAAUUUAUCUCUCAUUCCGAAUAUCUAAUUUAGAAAAAAAAGUUUUUGCCCGAUUAUUUGAAAAUACAUUUUUCCGUCUAAAUUGAACAUUAAAUAGAAAUAUAAAAUUGAAUUCGACAAAAUUUUUUUUGAAAAUAUUUUUUAGUUCGUGAUUUCAAGCUGAAAUAUAAAAAAACAGAUAUUCAAAAUAUCAUGCUCAAAAAAAAUAUGGAAAAAAGAAAUAUCUUCGUUUGCAUUAAAUUUUUUUCGAAUUCUUGAAAAUUUUUUUCGAAUUCUUGAGAAUGAGAAUUUGAAAAAAAAAAUCUCAAGCGAAAAUAUUGAACAUUUCCAUAUUUUUGAGCAUGAUAUUUUGAAUAUCGGUUUUUUUUUAUUUUAGCUCGAAAUCACGAAUUUCAAAAAUUUGUCAAAAUUAACAUUACCGAAUUCACAAGUUUAAAAAGGAUUAAAAAUUAACAUUACCGAAUUCACAAGUUUAAAAAGGAUUAAACUUGUGAAUUCGGUAAAGUUAAUUUUGACAAAUUUUUGAAAUUCGUGAUUUCGAGCUAAAAUAUAAAAAAAAACCGAUAUUCAAAAUAUCAUGCUCGAAAAUAUGGAAAUGUUCAAUAUUUUCGCUUGAGAUUUUUUUUUCAAAUUCUCAAGAAUUCGAAAAAAAAAUUUUUAUUUUUAAAACGCUCAAUUUAGACGGGAAAAUGUAUUUUUCAAAAUCGGACGAAAACUUCUUUUUUUUCUAAAUUAGAUAUUCGCCGAUACAUUUUCUAAAAAUUCAAUUAAUUAUCCCCGAUUUCACUUCAAAUGCACCCCCUUCCAUCUUUAAUGAAUGGGAGGAAAGAGCGCUCCACUGCACACAGAUUCUUUGAGUAAAUAUAAUACUGUUUAGUCACCUUCCCUUUUGCCUUCUCCGUCGUUUCUUUCUCAUUUCUUUCUUGUUGAUUUUGUUGUUGUUUCCCUUUUCAUUUUGUUCAACCGUCGUGGUUUUCACAGUUUUCCUUCAUUUUAAAUACAAUGAAUUCAGAAUUC